CGCCGACAGUUGUGCUGAGGAUUGCGGGGACACUAGGGAAGCUGGGGAGCGGGGAGACAGGAUCUAGAGAGAGCAAGAGAGUCCCAAGGAACCAUGGGCACCUCCAGGCUCUACACCUUGGUGCUGGUGCUGCAGCCUCAGCAUGUGCUGCUGGGCAUGAAGAAGCGGGGCUUUGGAGCUGGCCGCUGGAAUGGCUUUGGUGGCAAGGUGCAAGAAGGAGAGACCAUUGAAGAUGGGGCCAAGAGAGAGCUUCAGGAGGAAAGUGGCCUGACAGUGGACACACUGCAGAAGGUGGGCCACAUCACAUUCGAGUUUGUUGGUGUCCCUGAGCUGAUGGACGUGCACAUCUUUCGUACCGACAGUGUGCAGGGGACACCCGAGGAGAGCGAUGAAAUGCGCCCUCAAUGGUUCCAGCUGGACCAGGUCCCCUUUGGUAACAUGUGGCCCGAUGACAGCUACUGGUUCCCACUCCUGCUUCAGAAAAAGAAGUUCCAAGGAUAUUUUAAGUUCCAGGACCAGGACACCAUCUUGGACUACUCACUGCAUGAGGUGGACGACAUCUAGCAUGAAUUAGUGGUCCCAGCUGGGCUCAGGACAUCACAUUCAGGGCUGUGUCCUCUCUUUUGGAAAAUGCACAGAAAGGAAAAUAAAGAUCUUCACUUUUUUAAUGGUCUUCG